AUGGAUAUGAUAGAGUCUAUGGAGAAGGCAUUCGGUGCAAUUGGACUAUCUAAUUUGAAGAUUAAAGAAACCUUAAAAAAUGAGAGAUUAAGUGAUAUUUUAUUUAGAAAUAUUAUGAAUACGGAUAUUUUAAAUUCAGGAUGCACAAAGACCCAAGGAAAUCUGUUAUACGUAUUGUCUAGUCAUUGUGGAUCACUUAAGGAAUAUGGGAGAAACUAUAUUUGUGAAGCUAUUAUGUCAAAUAAGCUUAAAACGACGUUACAAGUGAAAACUGCUAUUUCUUAUUUAAUUGAAUGUGAUUGUGUAUUUGAUUUGGAGUCGUUUGAUAAGGCUUGCGGUGUUGGGGUGGUUUUGGAUGAAGAAAGUAUAUUAUCACAUAUACGAGCAUGUGUGGAAGAGAAUAGGGAUCGUAUAUGUUCUAUUGGACCUAAAAAAGUUGGAGUUGUUUUGUCUUUUUUGCGUCAAGUUCCGGCUUUAAAAUGGGCGGAUCCUUUGAUCUUGAAAAAUCUUGUUGAAAAAGAGCUUUCUAUUGUUGAUUUGCGUUCUAAAGAGGAACACAUAGUUCGAGAAGGGACAUUAGAUGAUUCUUUUACAUCAAAAGAUAAAAAAUCGGUACAAGAUUCAUUGGAAAGUGUUAAAGAUGCACCCAAUAUGUUUGAAGAAGGAUUUUUAGCAAAGUUGCAUAAACCAGGUGAAAAUAAACAGAUUCAUCCAAGAUUGACGGAGGAACAUUUAAGACAUACUAAAGGAAAAGUGGUAACACGAUUUCCUCCUGAGCCCAAUGGAUAUUUACAUAUAGGUCAUAGUAAAGCUAUUGCAAUUAAUUUUGGAUUUGCAAAAUAUCAUGGAGGAUAUUGUUAUCUACGUUAUGACGAUACAAAUCCUGAAGCAGAGGAAGAUGUUUUUGUUCAAUCGAUUGAGGAUACUGUUAGAUGGUUAGGUUUUGAACCAUAUGCAGUUACUUUCUCAAGUGAUUAUUUUGAUGAGUUAUAUCGCUUAGCUGUUAUUCUCAUUGAGAAGGGGAAGGCGUAUGUUUGUCAUUGUACUGACGCUGAAAUAAAACAUGGAAGAGGAGGGGAUAAACAUGGCCCAAGAAUUGCAUGUAAACAUCGUGAUCGCCCUAUUUCUGAAAAUCUUGAAGGUUUUGAUAAUAUGAAAAAUGGUCUAUAUAAAGUUUCAGAAGCAGUUCUUCGAAUGAAACAGGAUUUAGAAGAUGGAAAUCCUCAAAUGUGGGAUCUUGUUGCAUAUAGGAUUUUAGAUUUUCCACAUCAUAGGACAGGUACUAAAUGGAGAAUUUAUCCUACUUAUGAUUUUACACAUUGUCUUGUUGAUUCUUUAGAAAAUAUAUCACAUUCUCUUUGCACUACGGAGUUUAUUGGUUCUAGACGUUCAUAUGAUUGGCUUUGUGAUGCUUUAGAAGUUUAUAGACCUCAACAAAGCGAAUAUGGGCGUUUAAUGAUUACUGGAACAGUAUUAAGUAAAAGAAGGAUUCUGAAACUCGUAUCUGAAGGAAUAGUAAGAGGCUGGGAUGAUCCUCGACUUUAUACACUAGUUGCUUUAAGGGAAUUUCUCUAUUAUAUAAGGAGAGGAGUUCCCCCUGGGGCUAUAUUAUCAUUCGUUAAUGAACUUGGCGUUACUACUGCAGUAACUACUAUUCAAGUUCUUCGUUUUGAAAAUUCAGUUAGAAAAUUUUUAGAAAACAUAACGCCUCGUUUGAUGAUGGUUUUUGAUCCUAUCUUGGUUGUUAUUGAGAAUCUUCCUUCUGAUUAUUGUGAAAUGCUAGAAGUUCCAUACAAACCAGAUGAUCCAACAUUUGGAACUCAUUAUCUUCCAUUUACCUCACGUAUAUAUAUUGAUAGAGAUGAUUUUCGUAUUGAAGACUCUCCAAAUUAUUACCGCUUAGCACCUGGGAAAUCUGUUGGACUUCUUAAAGUUCCUUUUCCAAUUAAAGUAACUUCUUAUUCUUUGGAUCCAAUUUCAGGUUUGGUUUCUGAACUUAGGGCUGUUUAUCAAAUUAAUGAGAAUUUUAAAAAACCUAAAGCUUAUAUUCAUUGGAUAGCAAAAACGAAUGAUGCUGAUUCUCCAAUUUAUAUUAACGAAGUUCGAAUUUUUAAACCACUUUUCAAGUCUGAUAAUCCUUCUUCUGCCAGUAUAAAUGAAUUUUUAGCUGAUGUUAAUAAAGACAGUGAACAUAUAAUAAAAAACGCUCUGAUUGAAACCGGUUUUAGAGAAUUAAAAGAAACUUUAUUAAAAAAUGAUAAAAAUCUAUCUCAGGAUUUAAACUAUGAAUCUAUUCGUUUUCAAGCUAUAAGAAUGGGUUAUUUCUGUAUGGAUAAAGACAGUACAUCUGAUAAAAUUAUUCUUAAUCAAAUUGUUUCACUCAAAGAAGAUAAAGGAAAAUAA